GCACUUCCCGCCUUUAAUUUAGUUUUUGUUGGUUGCCGUGCGUGUUUGUAUAUGUGUAUUUUCGUAUACUCAAAGAAUAGUCGAGCAAAGUAUUGUAGGAGGAAAUAAGUUAGCGUACACAAUCGCAGUAUUAAUUUUCAUAAGUAUAUUUAUAAUUUAUAGUAAAUCACAUAACUGAACAAAGAUGUCAACAAAAAGGCGUCGUCCAAGUGCAACCGAAGAGAUUGGAGUCAAGAAGGCCAAACGAAUUAAGUUUACCUUGGACAGUGUCUUGUUGCCAAGCAUAACUGAAAAUGGUGUUGUCUUGGUUACUGGAGCCGGAGAUUUUGGUCAAUUGGGACUGGGUCCUGAUAUAUUGGAGAAAUGUAGACCAGCCUUAAUAAAGUUGGAUCAUGAAAUUGUGGAUAUUUGUGCUGGUGGAAUGCACACAGUGUGUUUAACAAAGGAUGGAAAGGUCAUCACUUUCGGAUGUAAUGAUGAAGGAGCACUGGGAAGAUCUACAGCUGAUAAGGAAGAAGCAGAAUUCAUUCCAGACAUGGUUGUACUUCCAUCAAAAGUUGUACAAAUUUCAGCUGGAGACUCGCACACAGCAGCAUUAUUAGAUGAUGGCAGGGUUUUCGCAUGGGGUACAUUUAGGGACUCGCAUGGAAAUAUGGGCUUAACUUUAUCUGGUAACGAAAAAUUACCUUAUGAAAUUUUACCUGGACAGCACGUGAUGAAGAUUGCCUCCGGAGCGGAUCACAUAGUGUUCUUAACAAAACAAGGUGACGUUUAUACAUGCGGCUGUGCUGAGCAAGGCCAGCUGGGAAGGACAUCGAUCAGGACUAGCAGUCGCAACGCAAGAAACGGAUUUGGUAAAGGACAACUUGAGAAACUACUGCUUCCGGGACUGAUCAGUUUGAAGGCGAGCCUCCGUUUGCACUUCGACAACAUAUGGGGUGGGACGUACGCGACUUUCGCUAAGGUCGCCAACAAAGAUGAUAUCUACGUAUUUGGAUUAAACAACUAUUAUCAAAUUGGUUUACCGAACACAGUUCCUCAGUACCUACCUAAGUUAUCUAAAGACUUUUCAAAAUACAAGUGGGAGAUGAUAUGCUCCGCCCAGCAUCACACCAUUGGUUUGACUAAAGACGGCAAAGUGUAUGCCAUCGGAAGAAAGGAGUACGGACGUCUGGGUUUGGGAGAGGAUUGCGAAGAAGCUCAAGAACUGAUUAAAAUUCCUUUCUUCGCGGACAAGAAGGUUGUGACCAUUGGAUGCGGUUCGGCGACUUCCUUUGCCGUUACCGAUGAUGGUAAACUGUAUGGUUGGGGUAUGGGUACCGUCGGUCAAAUUGGAACUGGAGAUGAGGAGGAUUGCGUUGAACCGACAUUGAUCAAGAGCAAGCAAAUGGGUGAAAGGAAAGUGUUCAGAGUCACGAGCGGUGGACAGCAUACUGCUAUUUUGGCCAUGACCAGCGAUAAUAACAAUACGAAGGGUGAUAAGGAAAAAAACGAGAGCUAAUGAUAGACCCAUAACUUAAAUAACAGGAAAAUGAAAAAAAUAAAUUUAAAUUUCAUAUAUCUUGUUUUAAUAUAUAUAUAGAUGUAUUGACUAUUAUAAUUAAUUACUUGUUCUUAUUUAGUAUAUGCCUUUACAGUCAUUACCAAAUAGACACUUUUUUUAAGUAUUUAUGUUACUUAAACUGCAGCAUGAAUCAAUGUUGUCUUACCUUUCACGUAUAUAUAGAGCUGUUAUCAUUAUAGCAAUCAUACUUGUU